AUAAAAGACGCAAUUUGCUUCUUUUAUGCAGGGAACCGUGUUUGUAACACUUAAGAAACUGCGGCACAUAUACGCUGACAAUGAUACGCACUGUCGUGAAUACUUAAUAGACACUCGUUUCCAAUACUUGACGCAACGCUAAACGUGUCAGUCAUUCACAAGAAUGUUAUUCCUUCCUACGUAACACAGUUUCACACAGUUUCGUGAGCAUCUCGAGACACAGGGGACAAUUCUAUACGGUGCGUGUAGAUCAGUAAUAAAUUAGAAUUAUCUCCGGCGAGCGACGUCCAAGAUUCAUAUUGCAAAUUUAUUACACAUACAUUGAGACGAUAGAUUUUUUACAUUAGAACUUAAAAAAUGCGCGAUGUCUCGCAAGUCACGGUGGCGUGGAUCAUUUUCUUCGUCAUCGUACCGGGCAUCACUGGUUUUGGAUACAGCAAAAAAGAACAACACUUGUGGCCGAAGACACAUAAAUUAUGCGCGGGUAAGCUGCAGUCACCGGUCUCUAUAUCCACGUCCAAAGCGAUUCCUCUGCCGCUUCCAGCGCUCGAGAUGAUCGGUUACCACGACUUCCUCCCGAUGCCGCAGACACUUGUAAACGACGGACGAACCGGUGAGUGUGUGUCCCCCUACUCACGAGACAUCGAAUGGAAGUCGUCGAGACGUCUCCUAAAGUACGCGCGCUUUCUUUCAGUCAAGCUGACGAUAAACAAGAACGCAACGCGUGGGAAGAAGUUGCCGUACGUGUUCGGCGCUGCGCUGAAGCGAGAUCAGCGGUAUGAAAUGGAGCAAUUGCACUUCCAUUGGGGUGCGAAGAACAAUAGGGGUGCUGAGCACGUGUUGAACGGCGUGAGAUACCCGAUGGAAAUGCACAUCGUACAUCGCAAUCUGGCAUAUCCAAACUUGUCGCACGCACUGCAGCACGAGGACGGUGUGGUCGUAGUGGCUGUUCUCUUCCAAUUGCAAGACGAGCACAACGAACAUCUCCGACCUCUCUUGGAACGGCUGCCGGACGUAAAGUGGGCGUACGCUGAGCUAUCGGUUAAUGUGACCAUAAGUUUGACAUCCUUGAUACCCUCAAACACGGAUGUUUUUCACACGUACAAAGGAUCCCUUACCACUCCGCCUUGCAGCGAAGCAGCCACCUGGAUAAUCUUCGCGACUCCAGUCCCGAUAUCCUUCCGCCAAAUGAACGUAUUCCGGGUACUCUCGAGCGGUGAGGAAGCGUUAGAAGACAAUUUUAGACACCUGCAAGGUGUUGGUCAGCGCAAAAUAUACACCAGACGAAUGCACACGUGGCUUUUCCUUAAACAUGGCAAUUCGCAAAUGGAUUUCUCAAACUUUAGCUGGUUCUGGACUUAGGGCAAUUGUGCAAGCAACGUUAUCUAGCUCUGAAAGUAUAAUACAUCGGUAUUUAUGAGAUAAAAACGAUCAAUCUCUAUUUUUACUUUUAUUAUAUUUAUAUUAUAUUAAGUCGUUGCAAAAAUGAAAUAUUUUUAUGCAAUAAAAAUUGCUAUUUUUGUGCAAUAACUUUAUAAUAAUAAGAGGAAACUAUAAAGUAAUA